UUUCCCCGACCUUUCUAAGCACAACAACUGGAUGGGCAGAUGCCUAACACGUGAAAUUUAUGAAAAAAUCUGGGAUAAGAAAACGCCUUCGGGAUUUACAUUGGACAAAUGCAUUCAGACGGGAGUUGACAACCCUGGCCAUCCUUUCAUCUACACAGUCGGAUGCGUGGCGGGUGAUGAGGAAUCCUACACCGUCUUCGCUGACCUCUUCGAUCCGAUCAUCAAGAAACGACACAACGGCUAUGCAAAGGACGCGAAGCAUCGCACCAACCUCAACCCGGAGUUUCUCAUCGGAGGCGACGACCUCGACCCGGCAUACGUGCUCUCCUGCAGGGUGCGCACUGGUCGCAGCAUCCGCGGGCUGUCGCUGCCGCCGCACUGCACGCGCGCCGAGCGCAGAGACGUAGAGAAGAUAUGCGUGCAGGCGCUGGAUGGCCUCACCGGAGCUUACAGCGGCAAGUACUACCCGCUAGAUGGCAUGACCGACGCCGAGCAGGAGAAGCUCAUCGACGACCACUUCCUAUUCGACAAGCCCGUCUCGCCGCUGCUGACGUGCGCGGGGAUGGCACGCGAUUGGCCGGACGCGCGCGGAAUCUGGCACAACGACGACAAGAACUUCCUCGUGUGGGUCAACGAGGAGGACCACAGCCGCGUCAUCUCCAUGGAGACGGGCGGCAACAUGAAGGCCGUGUUCAAUCGCUUCUGCGAAGGUCUUGCCAAGGUCGAGUCGGCCAUCGCGGACGCGGGCCACGAGUUCAUGUGGAACGAGCAUCUAGGCUACGUGCUCACCUGCCCUUCAAACCUCGGCACAGGGCUGCGCGCUGGCGUCCACGUCAAGCUCCCCUUGCUCAGCAAGCAGCCGGCGUUCGAGGCGCUACUUGACCACCUGCGGCUGCAGAAGCGCGGCACGGGCGGAGUCGACACGGCCUCCACCGACGGAACCUUCGACAUCUCCAACCUGGACCGCAUCGGUCACUCGGAGGUGGAGCUCGUGCAGGCUCUCGUCGACGGAGUCGAGCUCUUCGUCAAGAUGGAGAAGGCCCUCGAGUCGAAGAAGAACAUCGCGAGUCUGCUGCCGGCUGACUUCGUCCACGUCGAACCGAAAGGUGGCGCCGCCAAGGCAGUCGCCGUCGCGUCCAGCAGCUAUCCAAACUUCGCCAAGCACAAAAACCACAUGGCCAACUGCCUGACGGCAAAGCUGUACGAUCGGCUCAAGGACAAGCGAACACCGAACGGUUUCACGCUCGACGACUGCAUCCAGACGGGCGUCGACAACCCCGGCCACCCGUACAUCAUGACCGUCGGCUGCGUCGCCGCCGACGAAGAGAGCUACUCGACCUUUGCCGAGCUGUUCGACCCCGUCAUCGAGGUGCGCAUGGGCGGCUACCGCAAGGGAGACAAGCACAAGACCGACCUCGACUUUGCGAAGCUGCAGGGCGGCGACGACCUUGACCCGGCCUACGUGUCGUCGUGCCGCGUGCGCACCGGCCGCAGCAUCGCCGGCUACAACCUGCCGCCCGUGUGCACGCGCGCCGAGCGUCGCGCCGUCGAGAAGAUCCUCGUGGACGCGCUCGCAAAGUUGGACGGAGCGUACAAUGGCAAGUACUUAUCCCACUAGAUGCCGCAUGACCGACUCGCACAGA